UGCUCCUCAAACAUUUUGGCUGACUCCUGCUUGAUAAACUCCUGGAAGUGAAAAGCUGAGACCCACAAGUGAUCCAGGGAUUCACGUCACUCCAACAUGCCUUCUUCUGUCUAACUACUCCCUGGAGAUAACUACAACAAUGUGACCACUCGAAUCGAUCAGAACCAUGUGACCUGCUAUUAUGGAUACGAGGAAAGGCUUACACUGAAUUAAAACUCAUCCAGUCACAAUGGUUCUACUUUUGUUUGUCACGACAACAACAGCAAACAAUUCCACAACAGUGAACAACAACAGUAAUGAGGAAACCACAGAUAACGGAUACAUCAUCUCCACUGUGCUGGUUGUGUCCCUGCUGGUGCUCAUCAUCGCACUGCUAGCCUGGUACUUCCUCAGGUUAAAAAACCAGAGGAAAGCUGUAGUCACAACAGUUGACAAGAAGAUACCAAAUGGCAUCCUGGAGGAACAAGAGCUUGGACACAGUACUGAGUCGUUAUACACCAUUAUACCACCAGAGCAACAGACGGUGGUUCUUCUGCCCAGAUCCUCUUCUGCCUCCAAGACAUACUUGCCCAUCCCAGUUGACCACCUAGAGGAGGAAUACAGGCUCCGCUCAGCUGAUGAUGGCAAGCUGUUCAGGGAGGAGUACAAUUCCUUGCCAGGGGGUAAUCCCCAAGGGACAUACGAAGAAGCAAACAAGGAAGAAAAUAAGGAGAAGAACAGAUACCCCAACAUCCUUCCCUAUGAUCAUUCUAGAGUGGUGUUAACAGACCUGGAGGGAAAUCCCUGUUCAGACUAUGUGAAUGCCUCUUACAUUGAUGGUUUCACGGAAAAGAACAAAUUCAUAGGUGCACAAGGUCCAAAAGAAGACACCGUAGCAGAUUUCUGGCGGAUGAUUUGGGAGCAGAAAGUAUCAACCGUUGUUAUGUUGACAAAUCUGAAAGAAAGAAAAGAAGACAAAUGUUACCAGUACUGGCCAGACCAGGGUUGUUGGACUUACGGAAAUGUGAGGGUAGCGGUCGAUGACUUCACAGUCCUGGUGGAUUACACCAUACGCAAGUUCUGUGUGCAAUAUGUAAGUUUUGACCAUUGA